AUGCCCGGUAUCGUCGUGUUCCGUCGCCGGUGGUCGGUCGGGUCGGAUGACCUGGUCGUUCCUGGACUGUUUCUCUUCGUCAUCCAUCUGAUAUGGCUCCUGGUGCUAGCUGUGGUAACUGGUUUGUUCCAGUACGACCUCUCGGUACGAUGCAUAGAGCUGCUGUGGUACUUUCAAAUUGGCUAUCUGGUGAUUUUGGGCCUUUGUGCCCUGCUGGAGUUAGCCAUCUGUAUCGUUUCGAUGCGAGGUAGCAUCCUGGACACGGGACCCCGUGUAGCCAUGCCCUACCUGCUGUACAUACGGAUACUAGUUAUGCUGGUGGAUCUAACCUGGUUGAUAUUGGGUGUCGUGUGGAUGAGAGACCACUAUCUGGAUUGUCCGAUCCAGGAACCGAAGGAAACCAUCCUGGCGGUGAUCAUCUGCAACCUGUUGGUGAUCUUCAGUAUGGUCACCACGAUCUGGUGCACGUUCGAUCCGGCCGGUCGAUCGUGGGUGAAGAUGAAAAAGUACCAACGAUCGAUGCGGGAGUCCGAGUCCCGUUUCAACUACAAACGCAGCGGCAGCCGGAGCCGUAACUGGCGCCAGCGCAAGGUGAUACGAGCCUACCAGGACAGCUGGGACCACCGGUGCCGGCUGCUGUUCUGCUGCAUGGGCAACAGCGAUCGGAGCCGGAAUUCGUUCACCGACAUUGCCCGGCUGUUGAGCGAUUUCUUCCGCGAUCUGGACGUGGUACCGUCCGAUGUGGUGGCCGGACUGGUGCUGCUCAGGAAGUUUCAAAAGCUCGAGCGGGAUGCCGUCGUUCGGCAGCGAAAAAACGGUACCUACGAGUUCCUGUCGGGUGUUCCCAUCACCGCCAAUACUCACUUCCUGGCGUUGAACGAUUCGAAGGACUACGACCACUUUCAGACUGUGAUUCGCUACAUGUACUUCGCCCAAGGUGCCUACGGUUGGCCCAUGUUCCUAAUGAGUCACUCGCGAACCGGGGUCUGCCAGCUGGGAUCCGAGCUGACCUGCUGCCUGUCGUGCUGCCGGCGAAAAUCCGGCGUAGAUGUAAUCGAGGACAACUGCUGCUUCUGUAACUAUGCUGCACUGAAAAAGAUGCUUCAGGUUGGAGAGGUGGAGGUUAUCUACGCAACAUAUCACGUAGACAUUGGAGAAACGCCCUUCUUCGUUGCGGUUGACUAUAACUACGGUAAGGUGGUGGUCAGCAUACGGGGCACACUCAGCAUGAAGGAUGUCCUGACGGAUCUCAACGCCGAAGGCGAGUGCUUGCCAUUGACACCCCCGCGGGAAGAUUGGUUGGGCCACAAGGGCAUGGUACAGGCAGCAAUCUAUAUUAAGAACAAGCUGGAGGAAGAGAAUCUCAUACAGCGAGCGUUGGCUCACAAUCCAGCGCGGGGGACACAAACCUUCGGUUUGGUCCUGGUAGGGCACUCGCUGGGCGCCGGCACGGCGGCAAUUUUGGCCAUUUUAAUGAAACAGCAGUACGAUGAUUUGCACUGCUACAGCUAUUCACCGCCGGGUGGACUACUGAGCAUGCCAGCCGUAGAGUACAGCAAAUCCUUCAUCACGUCGGUGGUGGUCGGCAAGGAUGUGGUGCCUCGGAUCGGCCUGCACCAGAUGGAGGCCCUGCGAGCGGACCUGAUCAACGCCAUCCAGCGGAGCAUCGAUCCGAAGUGGAAAACGAUAGCCUGCUCGGUUAUCUGCUGCUGCUGCGGACCGGAACCUACUUCGGUGACGGAAAUGUCCUCCAAGGUUGAAAACGUUCGCCGCUACGAACAGGACCGGAACAGUGCCCGCCAAAGCACGGUGCAUCCGAACGACAACUCCAUCGCCCUGACGCUGCACCAUCCGCUCUACCCGCCCGGACGGAUCAUUCACAUCGUUCGGCAUCAUCCGAGUCAGGAAGAACACAAGUACGAGAAAGGUUGGAGUAGACAAAUGCUGAAAAAGCACGAACCAGUGUACCAGGCGAUUUGGGCCAACAAUACCGACUUCGACGAGGUGCUUAUCUCACCGGUGAUGCUGCAGGACCACAUGCCGGACAAGGUGCUGGCGGCACUGAACAAGGUUAUAACCACCGUUGGCCCCCGUAAACCCCAGCGCCAAUCAUCGAACGCAAAUUCAUCGAUCGCUUCGGAAGCGGCUUUCGACGGGCUCCUUCCGGACGGGCAACAACUUAUUUCGGCCAUUCAGCCAGCCGGUGUCUCCUCGCUACAAAGCCCAGCCUCCCCUUCGGGACUGCACAAAAUUUGCCUGGAAACUUCGUUCACUAGUCUUCAGUCGCCGCUGGAUCACUACCAACACAAUCCACCCAGUAAGGCCUCUUCCGUAGCGGGCAGCAUCCUGGGCGUGCGCAGUCAGCUCUCCAGUACGGUGGAUGACAGCGGAAUCCCCAAGAGCCUAUCCGGUCCGAGUGAGGCGACUACGGUGAUUUUGAACGAUCCCCUCCUUGCUCAAUACCACAACCAACAGCCGAGGGCGUCCAGUUCGGCUAGCAAUGCCACCACUGCCAAGACGGUAAACUUCAGCGCAUCUCCAACGAUACGGCCAACGCUACCACCACCGACGGUAGUUCCGAGUGACGCUCAAAAGAAACCGAACAGCCUAUCGUGGAACGGAACCCGGCAGAAUUCCUGCGAGAUAAAGAAAGUGGACCUCAUCCAUGACGACUGGUUCGGACUGGCUCCGCUGGCGAGUCCGGAAAGCCUGUCGGAGCUUUCCAGUAUCAGCUCGCGAGCUAGUUUCGGAGCUAACUUGGCGUCCAGUAUCGAUCGGUAUCUGGAAAAGAUAACGGAAAGCCACGAAGGGGGACGAAGGGGUGAUGGAUCCGAUCCGCUGCUAGAGUCGCAGCUGCACACGCCGAAAAUCAUGCGAAGAACUCCGAAGGUCAGCGGAAAUCUUUCGAUGUGCGCUGAGGACAUGAAAACCAUCAACAGUUACAAGCGAAUGGGUAAGAUCUUCGUACUUAAUCGGGCUCCCUCGGACAGUGACUCCACGAUGGACAGCUACGAGUCGGCACAUAACGUAAUCGUUCUGGAUGGCAAUGGAAUCAUCGGACUGGAGGAGCUUGGCAGCACCGGAGCAACCUCUCCGAUCAAGGAGAACUCAAAAUCGGCGGAUAACCUGGACGAGUUUAACUCACGGCAAGCCUCGGCAGGAAACGGUGCGAGCUGCAGUAGUGGCGGAACCAAAAAGACCUCAUUUACCGUUAGUGAUAGUGCAAUCCAGCACGAAUGCACCUCGAAUUGUCCCUCGUGUCCUUGUCGGCGCUCUCCCGGUGGACCAUGUUGCCAGAAGUUCAAUCAUCGCGAUUGCUACAACUACAAGUACACUUCGUUCAAUAUUUUUAAGUUCAAUAGCAGUAGGGAUAGCGGUAGUGCGCGAGGAAGCAAAACGGCCAGUUCCAGCGACACCUAUCACAGUGCCAUGUCUUCACUGACCGGCGAACUCGACCACCACAGUGGCACCAGUACAAACAACUUCAACUCUAGCAGCAGUAGCAGCAGUAGAACCCUCCAGAAUACCUGCCUAAAACCGGGAGUACUAGAAUCUCAUUUCCCCGUCUAUCCGGAGACGGUUUCGGACGAACGUCUCUCGCUGCUGCCGAGCACUGCCGAAGGCAGUCCCGUUCGCCUCUCAACCGUGGCAACAAUAAACAGCCAACGUUUGAACCUAAAAAGCCAACUCUGUUCAUCGGGCAGCAACAACAAGCGCCACAACGAGGACGACCUGAACGCAUUCUGCCGCAACGAGUCGCUCCCGCUACUGGCCAAUCUGGUGGAAAAAUCGUCCCCAACCAAGUACGUCCGCAAGAAACAUUCCGCCGUUUACCCGAGCGAAGCCGGCCAUCCGAUCGCGACCGCAGGUUUCAGCGCCAGUGCCAGCGGCACCAGCUGCAGCAGCAACGGCGGUGGCAGCAUCGCAACCAUCCAUUCGUCCUCAUCGUAUUCGUCCGUCACCUCGUCGUCGCCCAGCCGGCAAACCCAGAAGAACGAAAGCAGCGUUUGA